AUGGAGACCUUCGUGAAAGUUUUCGGUUGUGAAGUACUCUCGACGGACGGUCGCGUUCUGUUCUGCAAAGUCUGCGAGAGAGAAAUCUCGGCCGAUAAGAAGUUUGCGGUUUCACAACACGUGAACGGAGUGAGACACAAAUCGUUAGUGGAGAAGAAGAAGCAGCAGACAGACUCAUCGAGCGUCUCUCAGAUGCUACCGUUCCUAUUAGCUUCUGGGAAGCAAUCGCAAUUCCAUCUCGACCUCUGUGAUGCCUUCUUGUCGAGUGGCAUACCGCUUUUCAAAUUGGACCACGAAAAACUAAGAUCGUUUUUCGGGAAAUACGUGAAACAUCAGGUGCCGAGUUCAUCCGCGUUGCGCAAAAACUAUAUCAGGAGCGCCUACGAGAGCAAGUUGGACUCUAUCAGAAGCUAUGUCGCUGAGAAGUUCAUAUGGCUCUCUGUCGAUGAAACGACGGAUGCUACAGGUCGUUUUGUAGCCCAUGUUGUCGUCGGGACUAUGGAGACGACAUCCAGCCGAAGCUUCCUUCUGCACUGCGAAAGUCUAGAGAAGACAAACGGUAGUACAAUAUCGCAGGUCUUCGUCAAUUCGUUGACGCUCCUCUGGCCCCAGCAAAUCCAGCACGACCGUGUGCUCUUGUUUGUGUCGGACGGCGCAGCCUACAUGAAAAAAGCAGGCACGGCUCUCAAAGUGAUGUUCCCGAAAAUGCUGCAUUUGACCUGCACCGCACAUGCAUUGCAUCGAGUGGCAGAAGAAGUGAGACUCCUGUUUCCGAAGGUAGACAAGCUCGUCUCGAAUGGCAAGAAAAUUUUUUUGAAAUCAGCUUCAAGGACAACAGCCUUUCGCGAGAAGGCACCCGGGAUACCUCUGCCGCCUCAACCAAUCCUGACGCGAUGGGGAACCUGGAUUAAUGCCGCUCUCUAUUACGCCGAGAAUUUCGAGGCUUUCGCGGUGGUUGUCCAGUCUCUGGACGCGUCUGAGGCCGCGAGCAUUGCGCUAGCUCAAGGAUUGUUGAAGGACGAGUCCCUGAAACGAGAUCUCGCUUUCAUCAGAAGUCAUCUCGGUCACCUACCACCUGGCAUCGAGAAACUUGAAAAAAAAGAGACUCCUCUAAUCGAGAGCAUUGGAACGUUUGAACGAGUUCUAGACGCACUCGAAGAUACGCCAGGCCAGAUCGGGGACCGGCUCCGAGAAAAGUAUAAAUCGGUAUUGAGUCGGAAUCCAGACUACGGUAGUGUCAAGGCGAUUGCGGAUGUUUUAAGGGGGGAUAUCCCCGAAAGUUGUAACCUCGAUUUUAGUCCUGGGGAAAUUGCCGCCUUCAAAUUCGCUCCGUUGACGUCCGUUGACGUGGAGAGGAGUUUUUCUCAGUUGAAAUACACCCUUGACGAUCGUCGUCACAGUUUUACUUUCGAAAACCUACGGAUGGUGCUAAUUGUGUACUGUAGCUAA